AUGACAGAUGUUGAUACUUCUCCACACUUUGGGUCUGAAUUGAGGGAUGCCUUUAAACCUGUCAAUGCCUGGGUGUCGAAUGGUAUUGCGUGGCUCGAAGAGGUCCAGCAGUUCUAUCGUGAACGAAGCGCUAUCGAGAAAGAAUACGCUGCGAAACUUACCGGAUUAUGUCGAAAGUACCAUGAGCGCAAGGCCAAAAAGUCGAGUAGCUUGAGCGUGGGAGAAACUCCAUCGUUGACUCCUGGAUCAUUAGAAUCGGCGUCAUUGACUACCUGGACUACACAACUCUCUGCUAUUGAGGCCGAAGCGGCAGACCGGGAUCGUUUCGGCUCAGACCUUCUUUUCCAAGUUGCUGAGCCUUUGAAGCAGGCAGCGGUGCGGUUUGAGGAACUCCGAAAAAACCAUGUUGACUAUGCGGGCAAGCUAGAGAAGGAACGGGAUUCCACAUAUAGUGAUCUAAAGAAGGUGAAGGGCAAAUAUGAUGGAGCCUGUCAGGAGGUAGAAAACCGACGGAAAAAAACGGAAUCUUCAUUCGAUCAUGGAAAGCAAAAGGCGCAAGUGGCAUAUCAACAACAGACUCUUGAGAUGAAUAAUGUGAAGAAUACGUACCUCAUUUCUAUAAAUGUAGCGAACAAACUAAAAGAGAAAUACUACUAUGAAUAUGUCCCAGAACUGCUGAAUGGAUUACAAGAUCUCAAUGAAACACGAGUGUCUAAAUUGAAUUCGAUCUGGAUGUUGGCUGCGCAACUGGAAAAAAACACUUUGACGAAAUGCGACCAACAUGUUUCCCAUCUGAUAUCUGAAAUUCCACGCAACGAGCCCUGGCUCGACUCUACAAUGUUUAUUCGACACAACAUGACAAAUUGGCAGGACCCUGCAGACAUGCAAUUUGAGCCAAGCCCUGUAUGGCACGAUGACGCCACGAUGAUCACGGACGAGACUUCAAAGGUUUUCCUCCGAAAUACCCUAGUGAAGAGCAAAGCCCAGGCAAAAGAGCUUAAGGCAGAGGCAGAUAAAAAAAGGAAGGAGGUCGAGAACGCAAAAAAGUUACGGAAAAACAUUCGUGACGGGAAGGAUAAUAGAGAUGAAGCAGAAGUUGUUCGGGCUAUAUUUGCCAUGCAAGAAGACCUUCACCUGCUGGACCGUAAACGAUUAACAGCAGAGGUUGAGAUAUCGACUAUAAUAUCGGUUGUCGGCGACUUAUCCUUUGGAGCUAAGAACCACAAUUUUCGAUCACAAACGUUUAAAAUUCCCACCAAUUGCGAUCUUUGCGGGGAGAGGAUCUGGGGCCUCUCGGCAAAGGGCUUCGAUUGCCGGGAUUGUGGCUACACCUGCCACAGCAAAUGCGAAAUGAAAGUCCCGGCGGAAUGCCCUGGCGAGCAGACUAAGGAAGAGAAAAGGAAGCUGAAAAUAGAAAGACAAGAAGCAGCCAGCUCAAGAGCUUCGGUUGAUAUUGCCUCACCCACCAAUGGGGCGUCGGAGUUACCUACACUGAGCCGCAGAGAUACUAUGAAUUCCCUAAGCUCAGGAUAUGCGGCCAGCGCAGCGCGCUCUGUAUCUGUACUCUCAACGCCACAAGUUGCCGAAGAAGGGCCAACGGAGCUUCCAGAAUCUGCUCCAUCAACGACCACGAAACCGGCUACUGCCCCCCGAAGAAACCGAAUUGUUGCGCCCCCACCCGCACAAUACAUCAGCGCUCCUCCUCCUCCAGCCGACCAAGGAGAGGCUGACGGAGGCGGCGGUGGAGGUGGGGGCCGCAGCCGUGGCUUAUCUGUAAAAUCUAACGAAGCUCGAGGCAAAAUGAUGUAUCCAUAUGACGCCAACGGCGAGGACGAAAUUACAGUUGAAGAAGGCCGCGAAGUUAUAAUUGUUGAACCAGAUGACGGAUCCGGUUGGAUGCGCGUUCGGGCAGGCUCCCGCUCCGGCCUCGUCCCAGCGUCUUACGUCGAAGUAAUUUUCACCCCACCACCAGCGCUCUCACCAAAACCCGGCCUCCCCGACCGCCCAGGAUCCACCUACUCAAACUCCAGCGCGUCCCUAGCCAGCAGCGUUGCGGGCAAACGACGUGGUCCGGCGGUGGCCCCCAAGCGCGGAGCGAAGAAGCUGCAAUAUGUAGUUGCGUUGUAUGACUACGAAGCGCGCAGCGAUGCGGAGUGGAGCAUGGCGGAAGGGGAUAGAUUUGUGCUUGUGAACCGGGAUAGUGGGAAUGGGUGGUCUGAUGUUGAGAAGGGGGGCCAGACGAAGAGUGUCCCUGCGAAUUACAUUGAAGAGGUGUAG